GCGACUCGAUGUGUCUGUCUAUCAGUUGAGGCUGUCUGAGGCGCUCCCGCGUUCCCGACGCGCGCUACCUUCUCCGCGCGAGGGAGACGGAGCCGAGACCCCGCGUCGCUCCUCCGGAGUUUGAAAUAAGAGUUAAUACUUUCGCGUCCAUCUCCCCGCAGCGCAGUGGACGUCCCGUGUUUUGUUUCCUUCUUUUUUAAUUAUUAUUUUUAUUUGUAGUGCGUGCCACGCCGCAUCAAGGACCCCCGCGUGUACCUGGAACAGAGGGGGCGAACGUUAUUGUUAUUAUCGCUGUUUCUUUUUUUUUUUUUUAAUUUUUUUUUUAUAAACCGAGUGUCGGUAGAAAUGUAAAAAGCCGAAGCGCGUGCAGUCCGGUCGCGUGAGCGAAGACCGAAAAGUAUCCGCCCGAUCGCGCCCGCGAGGCUGUUUGAUCUCUCCUCAUCAGCGCGAGCGAGAGAGCGAGCGGGUGAGGAGUGACUGACUGACUGACUGACGGACUGAAGGUUGGCCGUCUGACGCCCGUCCGUUUUUUCCUCUCCAUUUUUCCAGAGCUUCGUCUGAGGCGGAAAUACAAUGUAAAGCCGGGUGGGGUUCCCAUGUGGAAGUUUUUUUUUUCCCCUUUUUUUUUUUUUUUUUUUUCUUUGCUGUGUGAUACUAGUUUAUCGCCUUCUUUCCCGAAAGGAGACGCCGACUGUGAAGAGUGUUGCUGCGAGAUCCGAGCUCCUCCGAUGGAAACCGAGGGAGUGACUGAAACUCGCCGUCGACGACCGCCUGCCUUUCUGCCAUGAAACUGACGAGCGGAGAUGUGUUUCUUCUUGGCCGAAACGCUGAGAGUUGGCCAAGUCUUCGCAUUACGCCCUUUAUUUCGAGCUUGCUGUAUGAAAAGUCCGGUGGAAAGUGUCGAGCAGCAGCAGCAUGCCGAGGAGAAAGCAGCAAGCGCCCAGGCGGUCUGCAGCUUACAUGCCUGAGGAUGAGCUCAAGGCAGCUAAGAUUGAUGAUGAGCAGCUGCAGGACGACGGCCUGUCCCUUGACGGCCAGGACGCAGAUUUCCUUUACAACGAAGAGGAGGAGGGCAAAGAACAGCCCAGCUACCAGAACUCUCCACUCAGCAACACAACUAACCCAGAUGCUGGCUAUGGCUCACCCUUCAGCGAUGCCAGUGAUCAGCUGGCUGACUUCAGAAGCACCUCCUCAAAGGAAGGUCAAGACAAAGAGGAAACCAGGGGCACUGACAACGAUCUUGCUAUACAGGACAGCCUGGCAAAAAUGAAAGCAGUCUAUGCAAACCUGAUCUCGGACGCUUCCUGGUCCAGCAUUACCAUGGACAUCAUGAAAGCCAAGCAGGCCAGCGCCAGUACCAGCAGGAGUGGCAGCGGCAGCAACAUUGGAAGUGGCAACAUCACCAGUAGCCUCAUUAACAGCAGCAGUGCCAAUGCCACCACGACUGCCACCACUGCUAGCAGCAGCAACAGUACCACUAGCAAUGGUAGUGGUGUUGCCUAUGACUGGCAUCAGGCUGCUUUAGCUAAAACCUUACAGCAUACCCCUUACCAUCUUCUCCCUGAGCCCAGCCUCUUCAGCACCGUGCAGUUGUAUAGGCAAAACAAUAAACUCUAUGGCCCUGUGUUCACUGGUGCCAGCAAGUUCCGUUGCAAGGACUGCAGUGCUGCCUAUGACACACUUGUGGGCCUCACUGUCCACAUGAAUGAGACAGGUCACUACCGUGAUGACAACAAGGAUAAAGAUGAUGACAGGGGAAAAAAGUGGUCUAAGCCCAGGAAGCGGUCACUGAUGGAGAUGGAAGGCAAAGAGGAUGCACAGAAAGUGCUGAAGUGCAUGUACUGCGGACAUUCAUUUGAAUCUCUGCAAGACCUGAGUGUCCAUAUGAUUAAAACAAAACAUUACCAGAAAGUGCCUCUCAAAGAACCAGUCCCGGCUCUUGCCUCCAAGCUGGUUCCCGCUACCAAAAAACGAGCCUUCCAAGAUUUGGUCUCCCCCUGCUCCCCAGAGUCCAUUAACAGCACACCUGGUGUCCCCUUAGGUGAGGCCACAAAAGACUCAAAGCUGGCAAAUCCUUAUGUGACAGCUAACAAUCGCUAUGGUUAUCAGAAUGGUGCCAGCUACACUUGGCAAUUUGAGGCACGCAAGGCACAAAUAUUGAAGUGCAUGGAGUGUGGAAGUUCUCAUGAUACCUUGCAACAGCUGACUGCCCAUAUGAUGGUCACAGGACAUUUUCUUAAAGUAACCAAUUCUGCUUCAAAAAAGGGUAAGCAGCUGGUUUUUGAUCCUGUGGUGGAAGAAAAGAUUCAGUCGAUCCCUCUUCCCCCCACUACUACUCGGCUUCCCGUUUCCAAUAUCAAAUCUCAGCCUGACUCUCCAAUACACUCUUCAGGUUCUGAAGAGAAGAAGGAGCCAGAAGAAGAGAAAAUGGAGGUGACCAUACCUGAGAAAGUGAUCAAAGAGGAGAAGGAGGAGCCUGGUGAAAAAACAGAAACAAAUACUUCCUAUAAGUACCUGAGAGAGGAGGACUUGGAGGAAACCCCAAAAGGGGGGAUUGAUAUCCUGAAGUCCCUUGAAAACACAGUGUCCAGUGCAAUCAGCAAGGCCCAGACUGGCACACCUACUUGGGGUGGCUAUCCUAGUAUCCACGCUGCUUAUCAGCUCCAGGGCCCGGUGAAAUCCUCCUUACCAGUUGUGCAAAGUGUCCAAGUGCAACCAUCAUUCAACAGCAGCAUGAAAUCUCUGGCGUCUGAUGCAAGUACAGCAAUCCACACUCCUGAUAGCCCAUCCCCUCCUCCUCACCACAGAAGCAAUGUUUCAGCCAUGGAGGAACUGGUAGAAAAGGUGACAGGGAAAAUCUCUGUGAAGAAGGAAGAGAAGGUUUCUGACAAGUGCAAACCCAUCUCAACAAAGUCUCCUUCACCCAUGCCGAAAGAGAAGAAGGAGUCAAGCAAGCCAGAUGACCUCAGCAUGAAGCCGACAAAAAACGGUAGCGCUAGCGCAGACCUGGAGUCAGUCAACAAGAGGGAUGCCAAAGAGAGCCAGGUUGAUAACCUCAUAAAGAAUGGUACCGAUGCACUAAAAUCACCUGUUAGCAAUGGCUGUAACAGUUUGGGAAUCAUUACAGACCAUUCACCAGAGCAACCGUUUGUCAAUCCUCUCAGCGCCUUGCAGUCCAUAAUGAACACACAUUUAGGCAAGGCAUUAAAACCUGUUAGCCCUCUAUUGGACCCCCUGACAAUGCUGUACAAAAUCAGCAACAGCAUGAUGGAAAAGCCAAUGUAUAAUCCAACUCAGGUUAAGCAAACAGAAUCCAUUAACAGAUACUAUUACGAUAAUGAUGACCAGCCUAUGGAUUUGACAAAAUCCAAAAACACGAGCAGUACAGCCAACAGUUCCUCUACUCCAGCCAACAACAGCAGCAAUAGCAGCAGUGGGAACAGCAGCAAGCCCAUCUUGCCUAGUUUGUCUGAACCAGUUUCAUCUCCUCUGAGGGAAAAUGCAUUGAUGGACAUUUCUGACAUGGUAAAGAACCUCACUGGCCGCUUGACACCGAAAUCCUCCACUCCCUCCUCUAUUUCAGAGAGGUCGGAUGCAGACGGCAGCGCAUUUGAAGACGGCCUAGAGGAGCUGUCCCCUAUCCAGAAGAGGAAAGGCCGACAGUCCAACUGGAAUCCCCAGCACCUCCUUAUCCUCCAAGCUCAGUUUGCCUCAAGUUUGCGGGAGACUUCAGAGGGCAAGUUCAUCAUGACUGACCUGGGUCCCCAGGAACGGGUACACAUCUGCAAGUUCACUGGUCUUUCCAUGACCACCAUUUCUCAUUGGCUGGCUAAUGUAAAAUACCAACUGAGGCGGACAGGUGGGACCAAGUUCCUGAAGAACAUAGACUCUGGCCAGCCGGUGUUCCUGUGCAAUGAUUGUGCAUCACAGUUCAGGACUCCUUCCACGUAUAUUAACCACUUAGAGUCACACUUAGGCUUCAGCCUAAAGGACCUCUCCAAACUGUCAAUAGACCUCAUAAGGGAGCAGCAGGCUGUUUCUAAAGUCAUAACUGACAAGACAUUCGGGGUUCUUGGCCUGACUGAGGAUGAGACCGGCUCCAUAUUCCAGUGCAAGCUGUGUAAUCGGACCUUCGUCAGCAAGCACGCAGUCAAACUGCACCUCAGCAAAACUCACGGCAAGUCCCCAGAGGACCACCUGAUCUAUGUCACUGAACUAGAAAAGUUAGAGAAACUCUAAGAACUGGGGUGUGGAGCAGCUGUGUAUGACUGAUUAAAUCGUUGCACUAAAUCACAGUACUGCACUGGGCCUGAACUGAGCCUUUGAAAUCAGUCUUAAUUCUCCUGUAAAACUGCCUAACUGGACCAUGACUUUUUUGCUUAUUUUGAUUCCCUUUUUAUUUUUGUCACUUAUUUUGUAAUAUAUUUAUAUGAUCUCUGUCCAAAUUGUGCAUGUAAUUUGUAAAUCCAGAUUUAACAUGCAGUUCAACUUGUUCCAUGCUCUACAGAAGUUUUUUUUUUUUUUUUUUUUUUCUUUUCUUUCUCUUCCUCUUCUCCUCCUUGAAAAGUAAUGGUUCCCAAGGCAAACAUAGAAGGCUAUGUAAAAUAAGUGAGUUUAAAUUAUCUGUAUAGUUUAAAAAAAGGAAAAAAAAAAAAAAAAAAAAAAGCAUGGGCCAGCUCUUUUGAUGAAGACUGAAGUAGCAUUUCUGCACUUUAAAAAGUGACAGUUUAUUUUGUAAGGAGUUUUUAUUUAGUGUGCAUCACUUCGAUUUAAUUUUAGCUUUUAAUUUAACAGGGCUUACUGGCAUUCUGUUACAUUUAAGUUCCAUGGUCAGUUUAGUUCUGCAAAUGAACUUUUGACUGUAACGUACUGAAUAAAAAAAAAAGAUACUCUAAACCUUUUAGAAAGAAAAGAUAUUUAAAUUGACCAUUUUGGUUCAGUAAAUCUACUUAAGGAAGGACAAAGUAUGCAAGAUCUUUUUUUAA